AUGGCAACGCCUGACCUCGCGGCGCUGACGUCCGCGGCGCAGAUCUUCUCGGGCAGCCACACGCUGCCGCAGAUCCGCGCCAUCCACAAGGCGCUGCACGCCCAGAUCGACGACAAGGCCGCCCGCCUGCGCACCCAGGUCGGCGGCUCCUACCGCGAGCUGCUCGGCACCGCCGACACCAUCGUGCGCAUGCGCGACGACAUGGACACGGUCCAGGCCACCCUGGGCCGCAUGGGCGGCUGCUGUGGCCGCGCUGUCGUCAACGCUAAGGUCGCCGGCCUCGCCCGCUUCGUCGGCGAGCGCGAGGACCUGCACCUCGACUCGGGUACCAGCCUCGGCGCCGUCGCGAGGGUCAGGCUGCUCGACGCCUGCCUGUUGACCCUGGCCAGGGUGCUGAGGAGUACCCCAGCGGUGCAUGGCACGAAAUUGAAGGAUCAUGGAACCAACAACAAUGCCCAGGUAUCAAAGGGGGACAGGCUGGUCCUCGCCGCCAAGCUCUGGGUCCUGGGCCGUCUGCUCGUCAAGAGCUUUGGGGACACCGCGGCGGCGACAAAGGACGGUUAUGGUAUCGAUUCGGCCCGGAAGACUUUGGAGAACCUCCAUGCGAGGCUGCUGCGGAGCGUCGACGGCGUGCUGCGGAGCGCCAGCGAGAAGAAGACGAAGCAGGGUGGCCUCCUCAAGGCUCUGAGCGCGUACAGCCUAGCAAACAGCUGCGGCGCGCGGGACGUCCUGAGGCACUUUCUGCAUGUCAGAAGUCAGGCGAUAGCGCUGGCCUUUGAGACGGACUCCGAAGAGCGUGGUGGCGCCGCGGGAGCCGCCAGGAACCCCCGAGAAGUUCUCAGAUCCCUUGGCCUCUACACAGCGACUCUCCAAGAUGUCCAGUUUCUCGUGCCCCACAAGCUUACCGACGCUCUGAUCGCCCUGAAGAAGACUGCGCUCUUGGACGACGAGUCGCUGCAGACCAUCGAGGGCCUGCGCCUCGACGUGUACAAGCGGUGGUGCGGCGACGAGAUCCAGUUCUUCACGCCAUUCAUCCGCCACGACGACCUCGACGGCAGGCAGGCCAAGGAGACGCUGAUCAAGUGGGCCGGCGAAGGGAGCAACGUGCUGCUCGGCGGGCUCGAAAAGACGCUGGAUGGCAUGUCUGAGUUCAAGGCCAUCGUCGACCUGCGCACCAGCGUGCUCAAGCUGUGGGUCGCAGAGGGCGGCAAGGCGAGGGGCUUCGACCCGUCCCUCAUGCUCAACCGGAUCCGGGACGCCGUCAACGCGCACCUGCUGCAGGUCCUCGAGGCCAAGGUGUCCAAGCUCCGCCUCGUCGGGUCCGAGGUGUCGGCGGCGCUCGACUCGUGGCGCGAGGGCGCCACCGACCGGCACCAGGGACUGUGGGACGACGGCUCGGUCGACACGGACCUCUCGCACGGCGCCGCCCAGUUUACGCAGGACGUCAUCGCGCGGCUCUACGGUCGGAACGACGCCGUGUCGCGCGCCCUCAACUGCUACCGGUCCUGGUUCCACGUCAUCGACGACGUCGGCCAAGUAGUCGACCAGCUCCGCCGCCACCGCUGGGACAACGACGUGGACGAGAUCGAGGACGAGGACACCAUCGAGCAGCGCCAGCAGCUGCUCGCCCGCGACGACCCGCAGACGUUGCACGACCACCUCGAUGCCUCGCUCGCCAGGGCCCUCGCCGCCCUCGACGACCAGUUGGCGGCCCUGUGGAGCAAGCACCGCGGCGGGCCCAACCGCGGCCCCAUCGCCGUCUACCUCCUCCGCGUGCUGCGCGACAUCCGUGCGAGGCUGCCCGAGCUGGACCUCGGCACGGCUAGGGCGUUCGGGCUCGCCGCCGUGCCGUACCUGCACGAGGCGGUGGCGGCGGCGGUGGCGGCGGGCCCGGUGGACGACUUCGCGACGGCGGCGCUUGCGCGCACGACGGUGGCCGGUAAGAGCCUCUGGGAGGGCGGCGCGUCGUCGGAGGCGGAGUCGCUGCUCCUCCCCACCUCUCCGUCGCCGGGUGCGUUCCGCUUCCUGCGGAACCUCUCCAUGGCCAUGGGCGACGCCGGCGGCGACCUGUGGAGCCCCGCCGCCGUCGCCGCCCUGAAGCGCCACGUCCGCACGCAGCUGGCGGCGCGCUGGCUCGACGCUGCCAAGGGUGAACAUGACAUCGAGGCAGCCAAAGAUGAGGGCGGGGGCGAGGGCCGUGCUAAACCCUCGCAAGAGCCGUCCCCCGAACAAGGGAACGCCGUGGGCACCGGCGAUGGUAACGCAGCGCUCCUCGCUCGGCGACAAGACUUGUUCGUGCAGUGGCUGUUCGACCUCUGCUAUCUCGGGCUUUUCCUGGGGUCGUCGCCAUCAGCAUCGGCCUCGGCCUCGACCGGCGGGGGCAAUGAGUUCAAGGACCUCGAGAGCACGGUCAUGCAAGGGACGGGCCUGGCGGGCGGCGCCGAGGUGGUGGCCGCCCGGGAGCGGCUAGCCAAGGCGUCGCAGGACUACUGGAAGCGGACGAGUCUGCUCUUUGGCUUGCUGGCGUGA